UAGAUGAGGGCAAAACGAGCAAAGCAAAAAUCUGAUCCCUAAUCUCUGUUUUUGCUCUGGACUCUCCCAAUACCCACCCAAUUGAAAAAUUGAAAUCCCCUUUUUUGCGUUAGACGAAGGAAACGUAUUAACCCAAACCCUAGAACCACCACCAGAUCAAAACCAACGCGAUUGCGUGAUCAAAAGCAACUCUACCUGAGCUAGCAAGAGGAGUGGAAGGAGUAUCUUAGAUCCAUUGCCACAACUGCCACACCAAGAAUUUUCUAUUGGGAAAGGUUCAUGGUCUUCUCAACUGUCUUUCUCCAUGAAGAUGACACCUUUUUUUCUAGAAAAAGGCCAAGAGUGUCAGAUCUUGGACAUCAAGAUAUAGAUUUACAUGCAGAUGCAGGAAGUUCCAGUGAUAUUUCCUUGUUCUCGCAUCAAGAUAUAGAAAGGUGCAGGGGUACUGGUGAUGUUCCCUCUUCCAGCAAUACUGAUGAUAAAGUUGAUCCAGAUUCUGGAGUGGAGAUGAGCUGCCCGUCAAAUGUUAAGAGUGGCUAUGUCCCUGUGUGUUCUACCACAGGGCAUAUUUCACACAUGGACCAGAGUUUCUGUGGCUAUGUGCAACAACCUGCUUUUGUGAGUGGAUGGAUGUAUGUUAAUGAAAAUGGGCAAAUGUGUGGUCCCUAUAUUAAGGAACAGUUAUAUGAGGGCCUAACUACUGGUUUCUUGCCAUCUGAGCUUCCUGUGUAUCCAGUGAUUAAUGGCACACUAAUGAGCCCUGUACCACUGAAUUACUUCAAGCAGUUCCCUGAUCAUGUUUCCACUGGGUUUGCAUAUCUGAGUAUGGGUUUCUCAGGCACAAGGGUGCCAACAAUGGCAGCAUAUGAGCAAGAUAGGUCUUUUGAGCAUGCUGCUCCUCUGGCUGUUAAUCCUGAUUCACAGCCAGUUUCACAGUCACACGUCAAUUACUGCAUUAAGGAAUCCAAUCACGUAAAUUCAAACUCAGAGGCAUUCAAAAGUUUAAUAUCUUGUCAGAUGUUAGGUGUAGAAUGCUGUUGGCUUUAUGAGGAUGAGAAGGGUAUGAAACAUGGGCCUCAUUCUAUUAACGAAUUGAUUUCCUGGAACCGUCAUGGAUAUCUGAAAGAUUCAACAGUGAUCUCUCAUUCUGACAAUAAGUACGACACCUUUGUGCUAUUGUCUGCUGUAAAUGCAUUAAAAGGAGAUAUCUCUGGAACCAUUUGUAGAUCAGGUUCCCCAAGUAACGAGGUUGGUGAUAUGGUAAACUUAAUUGGUGAAAUAUCUGAGGACAUUUCUUCCCAAUUGCACAUGGGUAUCAUGAAAGCUGCUCGCAGAGUUGUGCUAGAUGGAAUUAUUGGUGAUAUCAUUGCAGAAUUUGUUACGGAAAAGAAACGUACGAGGCAUAAGCUUGAAUCAGCUGAUUGUACUCCUGGAAACAAUAUGUCUAAGUUUUCUGCCGAGAUUAGUAGAGGUUCUGCUAUUUCCAGUGAUCCUGCAUCUUCCCACACUUUGGACGAUCAGACUUGUCAUGAAAGUUCCAGACUGCCCCCUGCCAUCAUUAAAUCAGUUGGAAGCAUUGAAAAUUUUUGGUGGUCAUAUGCUGUUGUUCGCAAGGUACUUCUUGAUUAUUCCAUGCAAGUCAUGUGGAAUGCAGUGUUUUUUGACACACUAGCAGAAUACUUAUCUUCCUGGAGGAAAAAGAAGCUUUGGUCUCAUCGUAAGCCUCAACCUUCUGCUAAUGAAUGUGAAGAUCAUACUGAAAAGAUUGAAUCAGAAGCUUUGGUUAUCAAUCCAGAUACUUCUGAAAGCAAUGUUGAUGGCUAUAAUCAGUUUGGAGUACUGGCAACAGAAAAAAAUUGUCCCCAGUUAUUUUCAUCUUCCAGUAGCCUCAAAGGUGGAAACUUACUAGAAGGUCAAAAAGUUUCAUGCCUUUAUGAUAACUCUAGAGAUUUGACUUGUAUUCUUGAAAGUGUGGAGAAUGAGCUUCACUUCUCUUCAAAGGUGUCUUUAGCUGAUUACAUUCAAAGUUUUAUUGAAAAGGAAGUGAACAAAUUAAUUCCUUUCCCAGAAGAAAACAAAUUUAAUGAGGUUGCUGUUGGAGACACUCGUUUUUCAGAGAAACUUGCAGAUAAAACGUCUGUGAAGGAAAUUCUAAAUGACAAGUCUGUGGAUCCUGCAAAGGCUGGAAAUUCUUUUGGCGAGUCUGCGUCUGGAAACCAUAUGUCUGACGUAUUUUCGAAAGCAUUUAAGGAGUUGUGUGGAUAUGUAGAUGAUGUGGUUGAAGAGGAGAUUGAUGACCUACCACCUGGGCUUGAGAAAUCUCAAACAGUUGCCCUUCACUACAAUUCCAAAUUUCGACCUUCAAGGUCGGCUGAAUGUAAUCCUAAGAUAACAGAAUAUGUUGCUACAGCACUGUGCCGACAGAAACUGCAUGAUGAAGUUCUGGAAAAGUGGAGGUCGUUGUUUCUUGAUUCUGUGCCCAAGCAAGUUUUUAUAUCAUCAAGCACCAUAAAGAAACAUUUCAAGUCUGAUGGUCAUAAGAAAAGAAAAACGGUCAAUGCAAGCAAGGAACAUUUGAAUAGUGCUACUUCUGGACUGGGAAGAGUGAAGGAAGGAGCAAAGAGUUCUUCUGAAGUUCCUCCGGUGAUUGGAAAGUAUACCUAUUGCCGCAAGAAACUGUCAAGGAAGGAGUUAAUUUCCUCAAAAUCUGUAGCAGAAAAUGAUUCUAGGCCAGGUAAGCAGCCUGUGGCCAAGUUGAGGAAACAUUUUUCUGGAGAUGUUGGUGAGGCUGCAGAGGUUAAAAUAGCUUCUGUUAUACAUGGAAAGACAAAGAUGAUUAAAGGGAAGAAGGAUACAACUUCUAAGGGCAAAUCUUCUGUCAGUGUCAAUAGUAGCUCACACAAUGAUCAAUUAUCUUUAAAGAAUAAAGCUGGUCAAAAAGUGUUGAAGUUUUCGGGUGAAGUUCAAAAUGAUGUUAAAGAUUUUGUAAAAUCCAAUGUAAAGAAGCUUUCAGCAUCAACUGAUAAUAGCGUUGUCAUGAAGAAGAUUGUCAAAAGUGAUGGCACUGUUAAAGAGAAGGUCACAAGUCAUUGCUCCAGACAGAUACAAAAUGCAACAAUGAAAGUAUCAAAAUCAAAAAGGAAACAUCAAAUGGAUGGUACAGCAUCUUCACAUCCUACAAAGGUUUUGAAAAUUUCAAAUGGUGGUGCUUAUCUGGGAGCCAGUAAACAAGUUACUGUGGCAAGUAGGAAGUCUGCUAAAUCCAAGCCACUGAAUUUGUGUCCUAGAUCUGAUGGAUGUGCCAGGACUUCUAUUGAUGGCUGGGAAUGGCAUAAAUGGUCCCGAAGUGCCAGUCCUGCAUAUAAAGCACGUGUUAGGGGUCUUCCAUGUGUACAGAACAAGUGCAUAGAUUCUGAAAAUAAUUUAUCUCAGUUGUCAAAUGGCAAGGGUCUUUCUGCAAGAACAAAUAGGGUGAAAUUGCGUAACCUUCUUGCUGCUGCAGAGGGUGCAGAUCUUCUGAAAGUGCCUCAAUUGAAGGCACGGAAGAAGCAUUUGCGUUUUCAAAGGAGCAAGAUCCAUGAUUGGGGUCUUCUUGCCUUGGAGCCAAUUGAGGCAGAGGAUUUUGUGAUUGAAUAUAUUGGAGAACUGAUUCGUCCUCGGAUAUCUGAUAUACGUGAACGUCAGUAUGAGAAGAUGGGAAUUGGAAGCAGUUACCUUUUUAGACUUGAUGAUGGUUAUGUGGUUGAUGCUACCAAGAGAGGUGGGAUUGCAAGAUUUGUUAACCACUCUUGUGAGCCCAACUGCUAUACAAAGGUUAUAUCUGUUGAGGGUCAAAAGAAGAUUUUCAUAUAUGCGAAACGGCAUAUAGCUGCUGGUGAAGAAAUUACAUACAAUUAUAAGUUCCCCUUGGAGGAGAAAAAGAUUCCCUGUAACUGUGGCUCCAGAAAGUGUCGUGGAUCAUUGAAUUAGGCUUUGAUUGGGUUUCUGAUGCUGGUUGUUCUUUUCAAGGUCCACUUGUUAAAUUGUUGAGUGGGCAGAAUUUUUUCCAUAGGAUUAUACUCCUGCCAUAAUUGUUGGAUGUUGCAUUCUGAAGACUUGACUCUUAUUUUAUAUUUCACCUUGCAUCAAAUUGGAUGAGUUGCAAGAGUACUUGUUUGUGAUCAUACCUUGUUAUGGAUCAGCAUCGUUGGUGAUUUAGGCUGAACUGGUACUACUGAUGAUUGCUAUACAAUUUGGAUUGCCUGCUCGUUUGGUGAUGAAAUAAGUAACUCGUUCAUUCUUGUGGACUUUUUUGUGGCAGAUUAGCUCAAGUAGGAAAUACCGUUUUAGUUUGCUGAGUUGGAUUGUGCCUACUGGUAUGUUUCUCUUUCCGUCCCUUGUUAUAGUCGUACCUGGUGAGUUCUUUCUUAUUUGUUCUUCUACUGAUUUCUACUUCCUUAAACCCUUUGGGAAAUAAAGUCAGCAGCAGCCAAAGGUAUUUGAGAAGUGAAUAUUGGGAUGCACAAAUUAAAAAGGGUUUCGCUUUAUUGGUUGAAUUGGCUCCUUUUGUGCUCAGGAACGACAACAAAACUAUUUUUUCAAGUCAUGCUUUUUUCUCCCUUGUCCCAAA